GAUUUGACCAGUCCCCAGAUGGGAGCCUCCACGACCUGACGUGUGUGUGGCUGCCUCUCUUCGCUCUAUACUUCUUGGUGCAAUGGGGAGUGGUUGGAUAAUGUCCAGAAAAUGGUGGAACAUUUGUCAUCAGAGCAGAAGCAGGACUUGGAGCAGUUGCUGACUUCUCAUGCAGACAUCUUUGGCGAUGUUCCCACCCAGACUACAGUUAUUCACCACGACAUCGAGGUGAUCGACAACCAACCAGUCAAGUCACACCCAUAUAGUCAACCCUACCAAGUUGAAUCUCAUCCGGAAAGAAGUCGACUACAUGCUUCAACAUGGAUUGGCGAGACCUAGCAGCAGCAGUUGGAGUAGUCCUUGUAUUUUGGUUCCAAAGAAAGAUGGAACUCACAGGACAGGUGCCAAUGAGGCCACAAGAAGCUAUCCAGAGGCCAGUGAAUAGAUUCAAUUGUGAUUUUUAUUUUGAUGAACUCUUAGAAAAUUGAAGUUUCCUAUUGCAAAAUGGACCGCUUUCAGCAACGAAGAACUGCUGAAAUUUAUUUCAGCCAGUCUGAAAAUCCCAGUUCAAGUGGCAUGAUAUCUUCUAACUAUAGAAGUAGGAACCAAGAACAGUCUAGUCAAGAAAGGUGUCGUAGUGAUCCUAGGUUAAGGUCAAAUAGAUAUUCUAGGCAGAAAAUCCAAAGGGAAAUGUUGCUGUCUUCUAAAUUUGGGUUAAGCCAUUUUCUGAAAAUAAACAGUAGUGUAAUUUUAAAAAAAGCUUGGCAAAGAGAAAUAGUUCCAAGGCAGAGGCUUGACAAAUCAACUAACCAAGUAGUAGACAAAGAUAAUGUACAUAGUAAUUGUGCCAGUUCCUCAUCAUUGAGUUCCUUUGAAUCACACUGUGAAGCAGCUUUAGAUUCAAUUGACAUAUCAACAAAACUUGAUGAAAUUGGACAAAUUUUGGAAAAUGAAUAUCGUCCAGAUCAUAACCAAAGGAUUGAACACAGACCUAAGAAACGAGUAAGAACAGAAAGUAAUGAAAGUGACAAAGAGGAUUUAAGGACAUUUGGUUCUUAUGGCCCAGAUGAGUCCUCGUCGCACAGUUUUGAGAGAUGUCACUCAAGAGGAUCAAGUAAGAAUUAUUCUAGUGAUGUUAGCUUUAAAGAGGAUAGAAAAUAUGUGGAAGAUUGUAAUAGUUCAAAUGAAUCCAAUGAUUCAAGUCGAAGUGAAAUACGAGUGAAGGAAAAGAGGAAAAAGAAAAAACAAAAACACACACAUUCUUCUAAAGAAUCAGGUCAUAAAAGACACAAAUCUAAACAUCACAAGAGCAAAAAAUCAUCUAAAAGAUUGCAUCAUAAACAUUCUGUAAAUGAAACGGAGAAAAUUUAUAUCAGAAACUUGAAAAGAGAGAGAGAUUCAGAUGAAUCGGAAAAACACGCAAAGCUACCAAAAAUAUCGGACCAGAUAAUGGACAGCAAUGAGUCAGGCACUGAAUCUGCAGAGUUGCCAAAUCUUGCUUAUUGGAGAGAAAUUUGUAAAUCCUCCAAUAAUAACUCUGACAAUUAUAGUGAAGCCAACUUGGAUGUAACAGGUGACACAGGAACUUUUUCACUAGGCACCCAGAAAAUGUCCAUCAAAACUGAGCCAGAAGAUACAGUCAAUACUUCGGACAAUUUUGAAGAUGUUAGACCACUUACAAGUGACGACCAGGAAAUUUUGAUAAAAACUGAACCGCUUAAAAGUGAUGACCAGGAAAUUUCAAUAAAAACUGAACCACUUACAAGUGACGACCCAGAAAUACAAAUCAAAACUGAACCAGUAGAUGUAUUGGACAAUAUUGAAGUUCUUGAACCACCUGUUAAUAAUAAUAUUCAUAAAUUUGUUAAAUGUGAGGAAACUUCUGAAAGAGCAUUCAUUGAGUGUACAGAUAAGCACACUAUGAAGAAAGUAAGUACGCUAAAAGAAUACACUAAACGUUGGUUAAGUGAAACAAGCAAAAAUGAGGGAAAUACUUUUAAAGAUUUAUGUUCAGUUAUGCAAAUGAUGAAUAUGGAAAUUUGGAAGGAUGAUAAAUAUCCCGAAAUUUAUGCUUGGGAAGUGAACAUUCGGAGGUUGUUUGUGAGCGAGUAUACAAAGCUUGAUGUUCAAGAAUUUACGAGUAAUGUUCAUGAAAAUAUGAGGGAUUAUCCUGAUUUAAGUGAUUUUUUUUUAUAUUCAAAAAAAUCUAUGAAUGUUUAAAGUAUUUAAUUAAACACUAUUGGUGUAUGUGCUCUCAUAAUGGAACAAUAUUUUUGUAAAUGUUAGAAUAAAAUAUUUGAUGUAU